UAUAAACAUACCUAGGUCAUGGCGAGAUUAAAUCACUGACCAUAAACAAAUGCAAAGAAUCACCAUGCGUACUUCACAUUGACGAGGAAAUCAACACGGACAUUGAAGUUGUUGCUAACCAGGAUGCCACUAAACUGAAAUUGAACAUGACCGUUGACUGGGGUCAGGGACCAGUUGACAUCACCAAGCUGGUGCCCGGUUUUGAUACUGAUGGUUGCCACAUGGUCAAAUGCCCUAUCAAAAAGGGUGAUACCAUAUCCAUAGUGCACAAGGAAAAGGUACCCAAGGAGUCUCAUACUGAUAUGCCGGUGACUUUGAGAAUAGAAAUGCUUGGUGACCAAAGCGAAUUGUUUUGUUUCAGUGGCAUCCUGGUCUAU